AUGUGGGCUUUCUCUCUUGGUUUUCUGCUACUUUUGGCUUUGGUUCAUCCUAUCUAUGGCGCUGCUAGCCCACCAUCGGUGCCGCUCGCAGUCCGGUCUCCUUAUUUAUCUACGUGGUUGACACCCGGUUCGACUGCACUUAGCGCUUCCUGGCCGUCGUUCUGGAAUGGACACAAUUUAGGAUGGACUGGAUUUGUGAACGUUGAUGGAGCGUCCUACGUUUUCAUGGGAACCCCUGACGUUCCAAAUACAACGUUCAAACCCUCGGUCCAGACGCCGGGUAUGGAGAUCACCUCGACUCAAAGUAUCUUUACGAUGACUGCGGGACCUGUCGAGCUGACAGUGCGAUUCCUCAGUCCUGUCGAACCCAGCGAUCUCGUGAACCAGUCUCUCCCAUUCUCAUAUUUUGCAGUCUCCGCACAAUCCGUCGAUGACAAGUCCCACGAGGUGCAGGUGUACAGUGAUAUCAGUGGCGGAUGGCUCUCUAGUAACAGUAGUAUGACCGUGAAUUGGACAACAUCCGUGGAGAAUGCCAUCAUCCAUCAGGUCCAACUAGAGAAUCAAACGCUUUUCGCCGAUGUGGAUGAUCGCAUCCAACAGGGUUCUGUCUACUAUGCCACUCUGAACGUGAGCUAA